AUGUGUGAAGAAGAAGUAGUAGCAUUAGUAGUAGAUAAUGGGUCUGGCAUGUGCAAGGCCGGUUUUGCGGGAGACGAUGCACCACGUGCUGUUUUCCCAUCCAUUGUCGGACGCCCCAGGCAUCAGGGUGUUAUGGUCGGUAUGGGUCAAAAGGAUUCGUACGUUGGCGAUGAAGCCCAGAGCAAAAGAGGUAUCCUCACCUUGAAAUACCCAAUUGAACACGGUAUCGUAACAAAUUGGGAUGAUAUGGAAAAGAUUUGGCAUCACACCUUCUAUAAUGAACUACGAGUGGCUCCAGAAGAGCAUCCGGUGCUCCUGACCGAAGCUCCAUUGAAUCCAAAGGCUAAUCGCGAAAAGAUGACACAAAUUAUGUUCGAGACCUUCAACACACCCGCUAUGUACGUCGCUAUCCAGGCCGUACUCUCCUUGUAUGCCUCCGGCCGUACUACUGGUAUCGUAUUAGAUUCAGGCGAUGGCGUCUCCCACACUGUCCCUAUCUAUGAAGGUUAUGCCCUGCCUCAUGCCAUCCUACGAGUCGAUUUGGCUGGCCGUGACUUGACUGAUUACCUCAUGAAAAUUUUAACUGAACGUGGUUACUCCUUUACCACUACUGCCGAAAGAGAAAUAGUCAGGGAUAUCAAGGAGAAAUUAUGUUAUGUCGCCCUUGAUUUUGAACAGGAAAUGGCUACAGCUGCCAGUUCUAGCUCCUUGGAAAAAAGUUACGAACUUCCAGAUGGUCAGAUUAUCACAAUCGGUAAUGAGCGCUUCCGUUGUCCAGAAGCCCUCUUCCAACCAUCAUCCUUAGGCAUGGAAGCGUGCGGCAUCCACGAAACUACAUAUAACUCUAUCAUGAAAUGCGACGUCGAUAUCCGUAAGGAUUUGUACUCCAAUGCCGUAUUAUCUGGAGGUACCACCAUGUACUCAGGAAUCGCAGACCGCAUGCAGAAGGAAAUCACUGCUCUUGCUCCAUCUACAAUGAAAAUCAAGAUCAUCGCACCACCAGAGAGGAAGUAUUCUGUAUGGAUCGGUGGUUCAAUCUUGGCUUCCCUUUCUACGUUUCAACAGAUGUGGAUUUCCAAACUGGAAUACGACGAAUCUGGUCCAUAUAUUGUUCAUAGGAAAUGCUUCUAAUUUCAUAUUUUUAUAUGGCAAGUUUUCCUUCUAUUUUACAUUCAUUGUUCCAUUUUGUAUAUUCAUUAUAAUCUGCAAUGGACACCCAACAGACUUAAAAAACCUAUGUUGACGAAAUUAUUUUUUUCAUACACGCUGUGGACUAAACUAUUAUCUACUGUUUUUAUAUUUGUAUUAUUUACAUGUGUAAAUUUAUAUUUACUUUAGCCUAAAUUUGAAAUAAUAAAAUACUGAAAAAUA